AUGGAUGGAUACAUUCUAGGCAUUCCUAUCCAUAUGGCUACCACUAGAGUUUUGUGCUUUGGCUUUCUUGUCUUUGUAUGUUUCGGCUUAGCUUCGGCUGCUAGAACUCUUCUUGAUUAUGAUCCACGUACACGUCACUAUGAUUAUGAUCGUCCUACUCCAAGAGUAGGGUAUGAUCCUAGCCAUCGUGAUGGAUCCUAUGAUAAUGCAUAUGGUAGAAGCUCUGGUAGAGGAUAUGGAAUUGGAGAUUCUGCUCUUGGAGGUUCCGGACAAUAUGAAGGUGAUAGAGGACAUGAUUCUGGAUAUGGAGGUCGAAAUGAUGAUCGUGGGGUUGGAUAUGGUAAUGGUGGUGGAUACGGAGGUAUAGAAGGACAUGGUAAUGGUUAUGGUAGAAAUGGUGGUGGAAGCUACGAAAAUCGUGAUGGCCCUUCCCUUGGAGGUUCAGGAUAUGGAAGUGGCGAUGGAUAUGACCAAGGAAGAGAUCAUGGCGUAGGUUAUGGAAGUAGAGGAGGUGCUGACUCUAGCAAUGGCUAUGGAGAUUCACGUGGAUAUCAAGCACGUGAUAAUGGCUAUGGAGCACAUGACAAUGUGUAUGGGAGUGGUGGAGGAGCUGGUGGUGGCUAUGGAGUAGGAGGCCAUGGUGGUGGUAUUGGAAGUGGUGGUUAUGGCAAUGGAGGAGUGCAUGGAGGAGAAUAUGAUAAUAACAAAGGAAGUGGAGAAGGAGGCUAUGAUGGUGGAUAUGCUGUCAAAAGCUCUAUAUCAAAUACGAAUUGA